AUCACGAAUCAGCCGCCAUCUUAGUUGUCGAACCGUAAUCGUUUGUUGUCCGUUAUUUUCGCAUUUAAAGUGAGGCAUUUCCUUCGGGAAAUGGAAAUUAUACAUUUGGAUCGGAAGAAAAACAAGUGCGCCGCUUUUAUUCGGGAAUAAAUUACAGGUGUAGAAUUAUUUCAAUCGGUUCUAAGGAUAAUCGAAUAUGUUUUACGCCCAUUUCGUGCUGGCCAAAAAGGGCCCGUUAGCCAGAAUAUGGCUGGCGGCCCAUUGGGACAAGAAACUGACCAAAGCGCACGUGUUCGAGACCAACAUAGAGAAAUCCGUCGAUGGGAUCCUACAGCCCAAAGUCAAAAUGGCCCUGCGCACAUCGGGGCAUCUCCUGCUAGGAGUCGUGAGGAUCUACUCGAGGAAAGCGAAAUAUUUAUUAGCGGAUUGUAAUGAAGCCUUCGUAAAAAUCAAAAUGGCCUUCAGGCCUGGCAUGGUGGAUUUGCCUGAAGAGCAUAGAGAAGCAGCAGUAAAUGCCAUCACGUUACCCGAGGUCUUCCACGAUUUCGACACCACCAUGCUAGAACUCAAUGACGUAGACAUCGAAGCCCAGUUCAGCAUCAACCAAUCCAGAGCCGAGGAAAUCACGAUGAGAGAGGAUUACAGUCUAUCGAUGGUGAACCAACAUCAUCACGAUGACGGUUUCGGAGACAUCGGCUUCGAUUCGGAGGGCCCGGAUUUGAUGAGGCACGCCUCCGGCAUGACGCCUUCCAUGGAACAGAGCAAUUUGUUGUUCAGCGAACCCGUUCUGGAUCCCAUGGGGUUGGAUAAGGAUUCGUCCGAGCCGGUACCGUCUACAUCGGGUACCCAACAGCACCAGCACAGACAGGAAGUUUCGAUGGAAGUCGAUGCCGUGGUUAGAGAUGAUGGAUUCGGUGGAUCGAUCGAUAAUAAUAUGAUAGCCGGUGGACUCUUCGAAGGCGGUUUGUUCGACGAUGCUCCCAUGGGGGAAGUACCGGUAGUGGAUCCCUCCAUGCCGGAUGUGGGUCAAAGUAUGGCGGAUCAUCCGGAUAGCGAUGACGACGGUAUGGAUAACUUCGGAGGACCACCAUCGGUCGGUGGAUUAAGUUCGGACGGUUCGCGCCCGCCCACCUCGAUGGGGCAGCUCCCCAAGGCGGUCACUCCGGCGCCUUCGGAUCAACCGGAACCGGCGGUUUCGGAGCAAUCCCAACGUGAAGAACCCGCCGUACCGGCCAUCGAACAGACUACGUUGUUGCACAACGAAGAGGAGAGCUUCGCACUGGCGCCCGUAGAUGCCGCACAAUUGAAAGGUUUGUCGAAGGCGAGAAAGAAGAGGAAGCUGAUCGUGGACGAAGUGAAAAACAUAUCGGGCGAGGAAAUGAAGAACCAAUUGAGCGAUACGGGCGACGUCGUGACGACGCUCGACCUGGCGCCGCCUACAAAGCGAUUGAUGCAUUGGAAAGAAACGGGCGGCGUGGAGAAAUUGUUCGCGUUGCCCGGCAGAAUCAUACCGGCCAGGGUGUUGUUCAAGAACUACCAAAGGCAUUUGUCGCUGCGAUCGAUCGGUACCGAAGAUUUCGGCGUUUUAGGCGACGCCGAUUCGCUGGCGUUGGAACAAGGUAGAGACAACGACGAUUCGCACGCGGAACCGACGCCGACGCCCACCAGGAGAGGACGCAAGAGAAAAGUGGUGGAAGAACCGAAUCGGACGCCGUUCCACGUUCAAGAGGACCUCCACAACGUCCAUCCGGACGCCACGCCGACGCCCUAUCCCCUGGUGCCUCCCAGCCCCUAUCGCAGGACGAACACGCCGCUGCCCCCUAGCCCCUAUCCGCCGACGCCCUAUCAAAUGUCCAUGGUGUCCCAGGAUGUAUCCAGCGAGAUGAUGCCUCACACGCCCGGUUUGAUACCGCCGGUCACGCCCGGUUUGUUGGCGCCGCCGGGCACGCCGGGCAUGAUGUACCCGCCGUCGGGCGGCUAUCCGGGCCCCCCGACGCCGCUGCAACAUAUAGAAGACAUGCCCCAUUUACCCGCCGAUCAAGUACAUUCGAUACUGCAAGAGCAGGAAAACAUGUCGUCGAUGACGCCCUCGCACUCGUCGGAUUUGCUCGGUGGCCACGCGGGCGUCCCGACGCCGCAUCAUUCGGGCAUCGACGCCAAUUUGCCGUUGGAGCCUUUGGAGAAUCUCCAACACGAUCUGUCCGCUAUGGAAAACAUGGGAUACGAUCAGAACCAAAUGGCUAAUAUGGGUUACGAUGAGGGUCAUCACGGCAACAUGUCCGAAAGGGUGCAUUCGCCUUGGAAUAACGAUUAUGAUUUCGAACCGGCGCCGAUUGAAGAACAAUUGGCGGACGAGACGGAGGAGCAAUUCGCCGAGAGGGUGUUGAACAAGAGGGCUUAUCAAAUGUAUCAAGUGCUCAAGAGUAAGUUUGAUAUGGUGGAGAAAGUGACGUUCGAAGAGAUGACUCUGAGGAAUAACAAGAAGCUCACGUCGCAGAAGUUUUAUAGUUUGUUAGUGUUGAAGAAAUUUCACGUUUUGGAACUCGCGCAGGACGAACCGUACGGGACCGUUACAGUUAUCAAAGGACCGAAAUUUAAUAAUCCGGCAAUGUUGUAAACGAUUUCUUUUUCGUCUAAUUUUUUUUCUAUUUUACACGAGAAGAAGUACAAAUUGUAAUUUAUUGUUUAUACUUUAUUGAUUUGUACUUUAUUGUUUAUGUACUAGGUACUUUUUAUUUAAUUACGUCAUUUUCUAUCUAGGUUGAUUUUUUUUAUUCAAUCUUCCUUUACACAUGUCACAUAAAUUAUAUAAGAGAUGUAAAUUUAAAAAAUAAUAAAAUUUUGUAAAUAC